AUGCACCACGACGACAACUUCUUCUACGAGUACCAGCAGUACAAGCAGCACUAGUACUACUAGUACAACAUCCGCUACGACGUCUACGACGUCAACAACUUCAACGUCAUCCACCAGCACUUCUUCGACGAGUACUACUAGUAGUACUUCCACGUCGACCACCUCCGCAACCACAAGUACUUCAUCAACAAGCACUACUUCCACUACAAGCGAGACAACAUCAACUAAUAGCACAACAAGUAGUACAAGUACUU